GCGGCCGCUGCCUCCUUCGAGCCCAUGAACGCCACCGAGGCGCCGGAGCCGCCCGCCGCGCCCGACACCUCGCCGGAAAUGGAGGUCGAGCCGGCAGCGCCCGACGCGCAGGCGCUCGCGACGGGUGCGGCUGCUCGGCGACGUCGAGCGUGGUGCCCGACGGCUCAGGAGCCGUCUACCAUCAACAACUACCACGGCUGCCACCGUCGGCGCCUUCGCUCGAGCUCUCCGAGGCCGCGUUCUGACCUCGUGCCGCGGCUGUCGUCGCUACAGCAGCGACGAGGGCCGCGGCAAGGGGUGCAGCGGCGACGGGCGGGGGGGAGAGGCGCGGCCAGCUACCGGGCCGUUGCCCCCGCCCACCGCGCCGGGCCCCUGCACCCGGAGGCGGCUUGCGGCAGCCUUCCCGUGUCUCCGUGCAACCCGCUUGGGUAG